UUUGCUUUCACAUUUUCCCGCGCUGCCGCUCGUUUCCCGUUAUUUUUCCCGUUAUCUUUCUCCGUUAUUAUUUCUCGUUCCCGUUAUCCCGCCCUGCCCAGGAGCAAAAUCCCUUCCCUCGGGAGCUGCGCGGGGCCGCGGCAAGGCGGAAGCGCGGCGGGCGGGGGCGUGGCCGUCCCUGUGACCCGCGCCCACGUGUUCGGCGGCGCACGCGGAGCCGCCACCAUGGAGCAGCCCAGCCCCUCUGGAGGCAGCGAGGAGCUGUCAGAGAGUGAGGAGAGCGUUUAUUCCGGCCUCGAGGAUUCGGGAACCGACAGCGAAUCCUCCGGGAACGAUGAGGAGGAGCAGGAGGAGGAAGAGGAGGAGGAGGAUGAGGAAGAAGCCCCUGGAAGCCCCUCAGCUCCUCAGACGCAGGCCAAAGGGGCUCCUGGGAAGAGGAAAGCCUUGGAAGACGAUUCCCCCUUGGAAGGGAAGCAGGAUUUGGUUGUCCACGACGAGUACGAGGAGGACAGCUCGGAUGAGGAGGACAUCCGGAACACGGUGGGGAACAUUCCCAUGGAAUGGUACCAGGAUUUCCCGCACGUCGGCUACGACCUGGACGGCAAGAAGAUCUACAAACCCCUGAGGAGCAAGGACGAGCUGGACCUGUUCCUGGAGAAGAUGGAGAACCCGGAAUACUGGCGCACGGUGCAGGACCCUCAGACGGGCGCCGAGCUGUGUCUGUCGGAGGAGCAGCUGGAGCUGGUGCAGCGCCUGCAGCGGGGGCACUUUGGGGACGUCAACUUCGACCCCUACGAGCCGUCCGUGGAUUUCUUCACCCACGAGGUGCGGAUCCACCCGGUGACCAACCGGCCCGCCGACAAACGGAGCUUCAUCCCCUCCCUCGUGGAGAAGGAAAAGGUCUCCAAGCUGGUGCACGCCAUCAAGAUGGGCUGGAUCCAGCCGCGGAAGCCCAAGGAGAGCACUCCCACCUUCUACGACCUGUGGGCGCGCGAGGAGCCCGACUCGGUGCUGGGCCGGCACAAGAUGCACGUGCCCGCGCCCAAGAUGCCGCUGCCGGGACACGCCGAGUCCUACAACCCGCCCCCGGAGUUCCUGCUCAGCCCCGAGGAGGAGCUGGCCUGGCAGCAGCAGGAGCCGUCGGAGCGGCGCCUGAACUUCCUCCCGCGGCGCUUCCCGAGCCUGCGCGCCGUGCCCGCCUACCCGCGCUUCAUCCACGAGCGCUUCGAGCGCUGCCUCGACCUCUACCUCUGCCCCCGCCAGCGCAAAAUGAGGGUCAACGUGGAUCCCGAGGAUCUCAUCCCCAAACUGCCCCGGCCGAGGGAUCUGCAGCCAUUCCCCACCACCCAGGCUCUGAUUUACCGCGGCCAUUCCAGCCUGGUGCGGACCAUCAGCGUCUCCCCCAGCGGGCAGUGGUUGGUGUCAGGCUCGGAUGACGGCACGGUGCGUUUCUGGGAGGUGAGCUCUGCGCGCUGCCUGCGCACGCUGCCCGUCGGAUCCGUGGUCAAGAGCGUGGCCUGGAACCCCAACCCCUCCAUCUGCCUCGUGGCCGUGGCCGUGGACGAGCAGGUGCUGCUGGUGAACCCGUGCCUGGGGGACCGGCUGCUGGUGUCGGGCACGGAUCAGCUGCUGGACUCGUGGCAGGCCCCGGAGGAGGAGCGGCCGCAGCCGGUGCGCUGGGAGCCGGCCGGCGCCGAGGAGCGCGCCAGGGGCGUCCGCCUGAGGGUGCAGCACGGCAAGCCGGUGACGCAGGUGACGUGGCACGGCAAGGGCGACUACUGGGCGUCGGUGGUGCGGAACCCCGGCGGGCGGCAGGUGCUGAUCCACCAGAGCAGCCGGCGCUGGAGCCAGGACCCGUUCCGGAGGAGCCCCGGCAUGAUCCAGUGCGUGCGGUUCCACCCGCUGCGGCCCUACUUCCUGGUGGCCUCGCAGCGCUCGGUGCGCAUCUACAACCUGCUGCGCCAGGAGCUCACCAAGAAGCUGCAGAGCAACUGCCAGUGGAUCUCCAGCAUGGCCGUGCACCCCGGAGGGGACAACGUCAUCUGCGGCAGCUACGACAGCAAGCUGGCCUGGUUUGACCUGGACCUGUCCACGCGGCCCUACCGGCUGCUCAGGCACCACGGCCGCGCCGUGCGCUCGGUGGCGUUCCACCGCCGCUACCCCCUGUUCGCCUCCGCCUCCGACGACGGCUCCGUCAUCGUCUGCCACGGCAUGGUCUACAAUGACCUGCUGCAGAACGCGCUGCUGGUGCCGCUCAAGGUGCUCAAGGGCCACGCGCCCACCCUGGACCUCGGCGUGCUCGACGUCGCCUUCCACCCCCAGCAGCCCUGGAUCUUCUCCUCGGGGGCCGAUGGAACCGUCAGACUCUACACCUGAUCCAACGGGAUCCAAUGGGAUCCACCUGGAUCCCCAUCGGGAUCCACCAGGAUCCUCCAGGGUUCCAGUGAGAUCCUCAGGGAUCCACCUGGAUCCAACCCCAGCAGCCCCGGCUCUUCUCCUCGGGGGCCGACGGAACCGUCAGACUCUACACAUGAUCCAUCCACCCACUGGGAUCCACUGGGACCCACUGGGAUCCACCCAGAUCCAUGGGGUUCCAGUGGGGUCCACUGGGGUUCCACCUGGAUCCAGCCCCAGCAGCCCUGGCUCUUCUCCUCGGGAGCUGACGGAACCCUCUGCCUCUACACCUGAUCCAGUGGGAUCUGGGGGGAACCACGGGGGUCCUCAGGGAUCCACCUGGGAUCCACCUGGGUUCCACCUGGAUCCAGCCCCAGCAGCCCUGGCUCUUUCCCUCGGGUGCCGACGGCUUCCUGCGCCUCUCCCCCUGAUCCACAGGGAGCCGGUGGGAUCCAGCUGGAUCCAGAGGGAUCCCUGGCGCUUCUCCAAUGGCACCGUGUGCCUCCACAGCUGACCUUCCCACAGGGAUCCGCUGCCUUUGGAACUCCCCGUGCUCAAUAAAGGCUUUUUUUGGAUACA